AUGAAAGCUCUCCAAUCCAACACAUCGGAGGACGAAGUGAAGCGGAUGAUGGAGGAGCUUGACAUUGACCUCGAUGGCUUCAUCAGUCUCGAAGAGUUUGCCAAUUUCUAUAAAGGCAGAAGCGACACUGUCGGAGCUGCUGGAGAUAACGGCAAUAUGGCAGGGCUGAAGGAUGCCUUCGAGUUGUAUAAUCAGGACAAGAACGGAGUGAUCUCGUCAUUGAGAUCGGCGGGAGAGAGUGAGAUAUAUCAAAAUAUUUCUGUGAUAGAUGGGUGUGGGGUUUAG